AUGAGCCGCCCCGACAUUACCCUGUACACUGCGCAGACUCCCAAUGGGAUUAAGAUUUCCAUUGCGCUGGAGGAGCUUGGUCUGCCCUACAAAGUCGAGAAGAUUGACAUCUCCAAGAACACCCAGAAAGAGCCAUGGUUCCUCGAAAUCAACCCCAACGGCCGCAUCCCCGCCUUAACCGACACCUUCACGGAUGGGUCCAAGAUCCGGCUUUUCGAAUCCGGCAGCAUCCUCACCUACCUGGCGGAACAAUACGACAAAGACCACAAGAUCUCCUACCCCCAGGGAACCCGCGAAUACUACGAACAGAACAGCUGGCUCUACUUCCAGAACGCCGGUGUCGGGCCCAUGCAAGGCCAAGCGAACCACUUCCACCGGUACGCGCCCGAGCGCAUCGAGUACGGCGUGAACCGCUACAUCAACGAGACACGACGUCUAUACAGUGUGCUGGAUGCGCACCUCGCCAAGUCGAAGUCUGGGUAUCUUGUUGGUGAUCACGUCAGUAUUGCGGAUAUUUCGCAUUGGGGAUGGGUUGCGGCGGCCGGGUGGGCGGGAGUUGAUAUUGAGGAGUUCCCGAAUCUGAAGGCGUGGGAGGAGCGCAUGGCUGCUAGGGAGGGCGUUGAGAAGGGUAGGCAUGUGCCGAGUCCGCAUACUAUUAAGGAGCUCUUGAAGGAUAAGGCCAAGGCGGAGAAGAUUGCGGAGGAGUCGAAGGGGUGGAUUCAGCAGGGGAUGAAGGCGGAUGCUAAGCAUUAG